AUGCCUCCAUCCAAGUGCAUCAAAACAGAUGAAGUGCACAAGGAAGAACGGCCAGACACCAUGAUAGAAACCUCGAAACCAGUAUGGAAGAACAGUCAGCUUCCCCCUGGCUGUCUCAAUUCCAAUACCUGGCAUGGUGUGUUUAUUCUGACUAUCGCAUACGCUGCUGGUGGAGAGAACAUUGAUCCGUGGUACAUCGACAAUAAUAUGCUGGUCCGGAUCCUCAUGAAAGCCUGGAAGGUUGUGUACGGGAAGCUUUCAUCGACGGACAACCCUAUUUACAUUGGUAGUCCGGUCUAUGAUGUGUCCAAGCAGCGGUUGGACGAAUGGCGCAGUGGAUUUGGAUCUGCUGCUAUCAUGAUGAUGAUCAUGAGCCUCAUAGCAUCUAAGUCAAUUACUGCCGCUUAUGAGCGACAAUCUGAGUUUGCAAGGUACUGGCUUUAUGGGAUCCGUUUUCUUUUUGAAAAUGCUUCUUCCAAUGACAAGAAGGAGUGGACAGGAAUGUGGCAAUCAAUGUUCAUACUAGAAACAUUUUCCGUGCACCUGGUCUACACUCAAGGGUGUGUGCCUGUCGACGAACUCAGAAGCAAGGAACAGCUCUGUUGA